GUAGAACUAUGAUCAUACAUUUUAAUGCUAAAAUAUGCUUUGCAUUUAUGAUGUCAGAAACACAAAGACUAGGUGUUUGUGUUACUAAAUAUUUGUAAAAUACUUUCUCCUUCAGGGUUUGAAAUUAACUUUUUCACUCACCAGCCAUUUUGGCUAGAACAUUUUUAAGUUACCAGCCAUUCAGAAGUUCUACAAGCCAAAACAAAAUCUCAGAAAUAAACCAUGUAAUUAAAGAUUCAAGUAUAUUUAAUAUUAAAUUUGUAUUUCAUGGGGGAGAGCAGGGCACAAACUAACACUUUUUGGUUUUCUUAAGUUGGUGUAAAUAAACUUGGGGUUCAAAGUAUUUUCUUUUUUCACAUUAAUUUUACACAUCUGGUACAAAUAUGUGGUUUUGUUUCAUGAAUACAGAGCAUAUCGUUUUUUCAUCAUCUACUUGGAAAGAAGUGAAGUGAAAUGUUACAACGUGCCCCAUAGGCGGGCCACAUUGUAACAUGAGUCAUGACCAUAUAAAAAUUUGAUAUAAAAUUGGAUCAAAACUCAUACCAAGUUUGCCUCGUUUUGAAUAAACACUAAAAACAGAGAUGAAAAUAGAACACUUAGAGAUAAAUUUCAAGCGAAAUUUUACUUUUUUUCUACUGUAAACUGAAAUUUUCGUGAUAUCUUCCAAAGUUUUUUGUUUCCAAAUUUUGCCACAAUUUUUUUCUACACAGUGUUGAUAUGGCAACAAGUAAACAAAUGAAGUUUCGCCUUACCAGUGUUUGUGGAAACUUUUAAACCAUGUGUGUUACAACUAGCCCUGCGUUAGUUUGUGCCCCACUCUCCCUGUCAUUCACAGAAAUGAAUUUCGCAGUGGACACUCUCCCUCAACUUUCUUCUCUCUUCCUCCGCUAUGCAUGAACAGCUUUGCCUGGCUAACGUUCCUGUAUGAUUCCCUACAUCCAGGCCUUUCAAGAAAGGCAUUUUGGCAGAAUUUCAAAGUGUAUUUGAUCGUUCAGCCACAAAUCGGCACCAUGAGCACUCUUGGAGUACAUCCGAUGUAAGGCGUGCACACACAAAGCCGCAUGUCAGUCAAACGAAACUGGUGUGCAUAUGUGGUGACGAAGGCGGUGAGCUGCAUGGUGGAGGAUGGGGUAGAGACCUACGUGAAGCCUGAUUAUCAGCCAUGUUCCUGGGGCAUUCAGUGCCCUCGUGUUGUAGUGUAUAGAACCUACAUGAGGCCCAGAUACAAGGUGGCUUACAAAAUGGUAACAGAAAUGGAGUGGAAGUGUUGUAAUGGAUACAGUGGAGAAGAGUGCAGUGAUGGACCAAACGGGGGAUCUGAUACACAGAUCUCAACAGUCAGACCUUGGCCUAUUCCCUCCCAACCAGGACAAACUGGAACUGGUACUGGCCAUGGACAGAGCGGAGGGAAAGGGAGAGGUGACAAUCACAAGAUAAAACAAUUGGAGGACAAAAUCCAGAGGUUGACCAAAGACCUAAAUGACCUGCAGUCAACGCUGCGUGGCAUGAACGAGAGAUUCCAGGAGGAAAUGCGCAAACCUGGUUUUAAUAGUGGCAAAACACCAGCAGAUGCAGCCCAACCAGAAAUGAAAGAGACCAUCCAUAACAUACAGACCAAGCUUGAUCAGUUGGACAACCGGACUCAAGCCCAUGACGAGACCCUUGUCAGCAUUAAUAACCACCUAGUGAAUGGGAAGGGUGGAAGCAAUGAUCUAGAUGAUGGAGGAAUUGGAGGAAACAGGUUCACCACCUUGAAAGAGGAAAUCCUCCGAGAGCUUGAACGUCGAGUGACGCUGUCCUGUUCCACCUGUCAAAGUGGGGUGGAGGAUCUGAGACGCCAACAGCAACAAGAUCGGGAGAGGAUUUUGGCUUUGGAGAAGCAGAUCAAUGCCAUGGACCAGCGUCACCGCCAGACUCUUGACGGUUUACACCGAGAACUUAGCCGUUCUCAAGGCUGCUGUGACACGGUGACAGACCUCAGAGGAAGACUCAAUGAUAUGGACAGGAAGAUAAGUUCCACAUCAGAGGCCUAUGACAAACUGCAAGAUCGUUUGAACAGAGAACUGGGAGGAACUGGAGGUGGUGGAAACUAUGGUGGAGGAAUAGAUGGACAAGGAAAAGUCCCUAGAGUGACAGAGGACAUCUUCAAUGAUCAUCUACAAGACCUGGAAAGGCGGCUCAAUAACACUGUCCAAAGGACAGAGGAAAAUUGUGCUUAUAUGGAGACCAACAUACAAGACUCAUUUCAGCAGGAACUCCGAAAUCUUCGAAACGAAUUCAAUAAUCGUAUUCUUGACCAGGAAUAUAGGAUCAAUGACAUGGACCUCGAUAUAGGACUCGUAAAGGAAACCGCAUUCGAUCUUGAUAAGCGUUUAUCUCGGCUAGAGAACAUGACAUCCUAUAUAGACAGAAGGUUAAGCGAUUGCUCCGGUUGCUCGGGACCAAGUUCUGGAUCAAGUCCAGGGGGUGCUAGUCCAAGUCCUGGUGACACAGUAAAGUCUUUGGAGUGGAGAGUCAUUGCAAAUGAAGAUGAGAUCAAGAGGUUUGACACAAGACUCAAGGAUCUCUCAGUAUCCGGUGACUCUCUUGAAGAUAGGGUGAUCAACCUAAGCCAUGACGUUCGCAAGAUCAAAGCUCUUACUGGAGACAGCGGGGAGCACUUCAACAGGAUUGUGACCAAGAUUGAGAACUGUGACGUUUGCAGCACAGUGGAAGAUGACCUGAAGAAACUCAAGAACAUCACGAACCAUGCCAUGGACAGAUGGCAAAAGGAAAUUAACUAUAUUAAUGGUAAACUUGACACCAGUCAGACAGGUUGUGUGGAUGUGUGCUCCAGUUUGCAAGACGAGAUGGAUCGGCUAAGAGAGGAGGUACAGAAAUGCAGUGGUCAAUGCAAGAUCAUGUUGAAUCCUCCUACAGGAACUGAUUCAGGAAUGGGUCACCUGGAUGACCCCCCAAAACUGCUGGAUGGUCACAGUGUCAUUAGCAGCAAUGGCGGGAACCUCAGGUCAAUCCAAGGAGAAUUGUCAGAGGUAAUCUUAACCUUCAGCUCCAUAAAUGACACACUAAAAGGUCUGGAACAUGUAGUCCAGAAACAUGACAGCGUGAUUACUGACCUAGGGAACACCAAAGACAAAAUCAUUACUGAAAUUGACAAGAUCCAGCAGGAAAUGACAGAGCACAUAGAGGACAGCAGGAUACGCUUUGACAAUGUGGAUCGGGAUGUACGUCGCUUUGGAAACAACUUUGUGGUGGAAAUGGGUGACUGCAAGAGGACUGGGCAUGGUCUGGAAAAGAGGCUCUCUAAACUUGAAGUAGUUUGUGGCCGGCUUGACUCUGUCUCGGACAGUCUGCAGAAGAUCAAAGAAGGUUUAAACAAACACGUAUCUGGCCUAUGGAACUGUUUCAAUGGGCUAAACAACACAGUGACCUCACACAGCGGGUUAAUUGAAAUCCUCCAGAACACACAUCUGGAUGAUAUCCACGGCAAGAUCAAGAGACUGAAUUCCUCAAUGCUCCAUAUCCUCAAGGAGUUCCAGAACGCAACUGAGCAACACGUGACAGGUUUACCUGGACCACCAGGUCCUCAAGGGCUCCCUGGUCCACAGGGACCUCCAGGUAGGGAUGGACCAACAGGUAGGGAUGGACCACCAGGCAUUCCAGGCUUACUGGGGCCAAGAGGACCUCCUGGUCUUAGAGGAGAGCAAGGUCUGGCUGGUGCAGAUGCAAACAUACCUCGUGUGUCCUUCUCAGCUGCUCUCACAAAUUUAAUGGUUACACCUGGAACAAUAAUUUUCGAUAAGAUCUUUGUAAAUGAAGGAGAAUAUUAUAAUCCACGAACAGGUAUCUUUACCGCACCACUUGAUGGCCGUUAUUUCUUUAGUGCCAUCCUGACAGGCCACAAAAAUGAGAAGAUUGAAGCUGUGUUGUCCAAGUCUAACUACGGCAUGGCUCGAGUAGACUCAGCGGGUUACCAGCCUGAAGGACUGGAGAACAAACCCAUGGCUGAGGCCAAACCAAUACCAGGCUCUCUGGCUGUCUUCAACAUCAUCCUACCCCUUCAAGUGAGAGAUACAGUCUGCAUAGACCUGGUCAUGGGCAAACUGGCCCAUUCAGUGGAGCCUUUAACUAUCUUCAGUGGUAUGCUUCUAUAUGAAGAUGUUUAGGAGCCUUUGAUGGGCCAAUCCCAAAAGAGAACUGAGGCUUAUCAGACUCAGAGGAUCAGUUAAACGACAGGGCUAGAAAGUGACACUCUUAAAUGGCGUUUUCCGCCUGGGAUAGCGAUGCAGAUGUGAGCAUUGCUUUUCCUUCCAUACAUUUUUUAAACUUACAGAUGUUUUUUAACCUCCUGUGAACUCAUUGAGCAGAGAAUAUAAUUUCAAAUGGAGGAACUGUUGCCCUUGAUAUGUAAUCCUAACCCAAUGCUUUGGAGAAGUGUUGUAACAAAUACUACUGUGAGUCUGUGCUGUUGAUGAUGUUAUUGUUGAAAUAUCACCAUGUUAUAUGCAUUACAGACAUGAGUUAUGAAUCAUCGCUCAUGCACCAAAGAUGACCAUGAGGUCUGUUUGACUUCCCAUGUAUGCCACUGCACGUUAAAGUACUCUCCUGCCAAAGAGCUUGACUCACAGUCAGGGUUAUAGGUUAGGCUGAUGUGUGUGGAAUUUUGGAUGCACAGGAAUGCAGGUAUGAUGGAAGUAAUUAAUAUUUUUGCUGUGAAUUGUUGGUUUCUGUGCACCUUUCUCGUUUUAUAGUUUAAGUUAUGUACCAAGGUUACUUUAGUUACCUUAAGAGUUAAGGGGAUGAUCUUUAAAUGUACAGUAUGUGCCUUAAUGCCAAUUAUUUCAUUUUUUUUACAAGUGCCAAGUUUUCCAGGAAUAACAUCCUGCUGUACCAUGAUGCCUGCCAAAGAUGCUCUUACUUAACUAAAUGUGUGGUUGGAAGUUUUGCACAACACA